AUGAGUGGAUGCUCAAGUAGUAUAUUAAUUUGCGAAUAAAAUAAAAUUAUAGUAUCUUCAGUAGGUAAUAACUUAGCUUAUGUUUAUAAAUAACCUAACUUGAAUAAAAACAAUAAUAAAAAUAUAUGUGUUUAAUUAUGUGAAAUUCACGAACCUAUUAAUAAUGAUGAAAGAUUAAGAGUACAGAAAAAUGCUGGAGAAAUAAGAAAAUAAAAAAAUGAUUUUUUUGAAAAAGUUUUUGUUAGAGGAAGAAAUUAUCCAGGAAUAGAAAUAACAAGAUGUAUAGGAAAUUAGGUUGCUAAAAAAAUUGGUGUUAUUUCUGAACCAGAAGUUUUUAGUUAUGAUAUAAAUAAACAAAAUGAUCUUUUUAUAAUAAUUGCCACUAGAAAUUUCUUUGAUCUUAUUGAAUAACCUGAAUUAUAUUCUAUACUUAAUUCAUUUAAUUAAAAAACUGUUAAAUAAGCUAGUGAUACUUUACUAAAAAGAAUCAAAAAUAUUUAACUAUAAAACGAGUAAAUAAUAGAAGAUUUUACUUUUAUUUUAUAUUAUUUUUGA